GCAAAUCGGAAAGCGUCACGGUGUAGAUGUAGAGCGUUCUCUUAUACGCGAUUAGACAUUUUAUUCCACCAUAUACUCUCUGCGAGUAGAAAAAUGAUGUGAGUUUGGUUCUACGCAAGCUUCUUGUGAAGAAAAUUACAAUACAAUAUUCUAGCGACAGUAUCCAUUGUUUCAUAGUCGAAUCAAUGUCAACUGCUGGAUGGGUUUUCGCCGUAGCCCAGCACAGUGGAUACAUAGAGCACCUGGAUGUCGGACACGUUCGGCUUUCGCUCAAGCGUCACCUCCAAUCUCCAAUAUCGGAGGGCGUCGUUGACACUCAAGUAUUUUAUAUAUGACUGAGCCUGGUGGCAUGCGGUGCGGCUAUUGCACCCAAAGGAACUACCAAACCAACCACACCAAACAUGACAACCCCAUUGGAACAGGGCAACCUUGCUCAUCUCUUACCGUCAAGCUGGAAGACACAGGUGACGGUCUGGUUCGACGAGGACACCCCGUCAUGCGACUAUGCGGGCUUUGUGGUCGGAGAACAGCCUCGCAAGGCCACGCUCUGGGGCAAAUCAGCUGGCAUCAUCGCAGGUCGCCCUUUUGUUGACGAAGUGUUUGCGCAGUGCGGAUGCCAGGUCGAAUGGCACGCAAGCGAGGGCGAUCAGAUCGAUUUGAUUGCCACCGGCGGCAAGAUGAAGAUUGCGACAGUCUCGGGCCCAGCGCGCGGCCUCUUGCUCGGUGAGCGCGUCGCUCUUAAUACGCUGGCACGUUGCUCAGGUAUUGCGACACAGAGCCGCGAACUUGUCGACGUAUGCAGAAAGGCAGGUUAUACGGGUAUAGUGGCAGGCACCCGCAAGACAACGCCUGGCUACCGCCUCGUGGAGAAGUAUGGCAUGCUUGUCGGGGGAGCGGACGCCAACCGCAUGCAUCUAAGCUCUAUGGUUAUGCUCAAGGAUAACCAUAUCUGGAGCCGAGGUAGUAUUACUGAAGCCAUUGUGGCAGCCCGGUCUGUAGCUGGCUUCUCCCUGAAGAUUGAAGUGGAGGUUCAAUCGGAGGAAGAGGCUGAUGAGGCGAUUGAGGCGGGAGCGGAUAUCGUCUUGCUGGAUAACUUGACGGGAGAUGGCGUCAAGAUUGCAUCGCGGAAUCUAAAGGAGCGCUGGCAGGGCAAGAAACACUUUCUGCUUGAGGUUUCCGGCGGACUCUCGAAGGAGAAUGUCGAGGCGUACGUCUGCAAUGAUAUCGACAUCAUCUCUACGAGCGCAAUUCACCAAGGUGUACCACAUGUCGACUUUUCCCUCAAAAUUGAGCAUUAAGCUCUUGUACAUAUCCAUGCGUCCGCUAUAUAGCAUGCGACAGCAGCCAUUCCUCUCUUAAUCCAAGCUAGACGGCGCCUAAUGAUCAACGUUCCAUCAUUAAACCACUCCACACUCGUAAUAUUAGAACUAGUUAUCUCUAUUCCAAACAUACUCUUCCUCUUGUUCACAAUGCCAAACUACACUGAGACGGAUAUGAAAACUGCGGCACUACCAUUUGUGGUGGCAGAUGACACACAUUAUGCUCGGAACUGCCCGAUUGGGAAUCCUCAUUUAUUCCAGCGCAUGGCAACGCGGACGCCCACGUUGCGCAGUCGCAACCAUACCGCAAGUACUUUUGAUGCUUGCACAUUAUUUAAAACAAUGAGAAUUCGGAUUAUAGUUUUCAAAUUUU